AGAAUUGGUACAAAUAUGUGUUCAUCGCAAACAAUGAAGUAUGACAAACUGUCAAGUCCAGCACAACAAGUGCUAAAAAUGGAAAGAAAACGAAAAGUAUGGAAGUUUUUAGAAAAGCACAUAACGAAACUCUUAUCAGCUCCAGAAAAUAACAUGAAUUCCAAGUUAACAUUAUCGGAGUUACGUGAGGUAUGCUUACGCUGCCGUGAGCAAUUCAAGUUAGAAAACUCAUUGCUCGAAAUUAAACCACCAAUAUAUAUUGUCGGUGAUAUUCAUGGACAAUUUAAGGAUUUGGUGAAAAUUAUUUCGAAGAUAGGCGUGCCACCACAUAAACGUUACUUAUUUCUAGGCGAUUAUGUGGAUAGAGGCCAUUGGAGUCUUGAAACAAUUUCACUACUGAUGGCCUAUAAGAUCCGAUAUCCACAAGAAGUGUACAUGUUACGUGGUAAUCAUGAAACACGCGCUGUGAAUCGCAUAUAUGGAUUUUUUGAUGAAUGCAUUAGACGAUUUCCUAAAGAAAAUGAAGGAACACAACUUUGGACAUUAUAUCAGCAUACAUUUAACUGCAUGCCAUUUGCUGCUGUAGUUGGAAGAAAAAUCUUUGCAACACAUGGAGGGAUUUCAGAAGAUCUUGUUAAUUGGAAUCAGUUUAAAAGGAUUUGUACCCCAACUGAUGUCACUGAUGUUGGAUUUCUUACGGAUCUUAUCUGGGCUGAUCCAGGUGAUUUUGUUGGAGAUUAUACUCAAAGCCCACGAGGUGUUUCCCAGCUUUUUGGAAAACGAGCAACAGAAAAAUUCCUUCAAAGAUUAGAUGUCGAAAUUAUAAUUAGAGGUCAUCAGGUGCCCCUAGAAGGAUACGAAUUUACACAUGAUAAAAAAUGCCUCACGUUAUUCUCUGCUCCAUGUUACUGCGAUGGAAUAGAAAAUAAGGCAGCAAUACUACAUGUUGACGAAUUUUUGUAUUGCACUCUACAUCAAUUUCGGUUUCUAAAAUUAAUUAUAAAUUCUAAAUUAGUUUAA